CGGACGAAAACAAGAAAAAGUCAAUUUUCAAAUAGACGAACGUUUUUAGCGCUUUCUUAUCAACUAUACAGCAUUUUUACAAUAUUUUACGCUCAAAAUCAAAGGAUCUUAACUUCAAUAUGCCUUUGGAUCAAGAAGCUCAAUGCUCUGCUUGUAAAAUUAAUAAAUCUUUGAUGUGGAGAAAAGGCGCCAAUGGUGAAGUUCUAUGUAACAGUUGUCACCUUAGACGAGUGGGUACAAACACUCGCUCACAGAGACAGAGCUCUAAAGAAAGCAGGAAGCUAGUGGCCAGGAUAAGGGCUAGUUCUAGGAAAGGACACUGGAAUGGAAAAGGUGGCGAAAGAGGAAAGGAACGAGGGAGGAGAACUAUAUACAAGAUGAAAAGAAAGCCUUACAAGUCUCCAGAUGGUGUAGCUACUGUUGUGGCUUCGGACAGGAUAUAUUUCAAGGGUAUAUUGUAUCAGAUAGGUGACAUAGUAUCGCUAGAAGACAUUGAAGGAGACCUCUUUUUUGCUCAAAUACAAGGAUUUUUACAAGACGAGUUUGCCCAAAAAAGUGUCAUAAUAACUUGGCUGAUACCUACCAUCCCAGAACCAACCCAUUUUGAUCCAGCUUUAUUUCUUCCAGGGCCAGAAGAAGACACUCCCAGACCAAUGGAAUGCUUGGAGUUUGUAUGCCGAGCCCCUAGUGAGCUCUUUAAGGCCAAAAGAGAUCAUCCUCCUUUUGUUAUGCCAAAACAGCCUGACCUAAAUGACUUGACAACAGCUGCUGAAAUGCUUCUAGAAAGAAUAUCUUGAUGUAGAUUUACUUUAUAGUGUAUUAAAUGACUAUUUCAGAAUA